AUGAAAUCCACAGCGGAAUCAUGCAGUAUCACCGCAGCACUAAUUACCACAAUCGUAUUUGCAGCAGCAAUUACUGUACCAGGUGGAAGCAAUCAAGAAACCGGUAUUCCCAUGUUUAAGGGAACCAUUCCUUUCACCAUCUUUGCGGUAUCUGAUGCAAUCUCGUUAUUUGCAUCCACUACUGCACUUUUAGUUUUCUUGUCAAUCCUGACCGCACGUUUUUCAGAACAAGAUUUUCUUGUUAGUUUACCAAGACGGCUGAUCAUUGGUCUUUGCACAUUGUUCCUUUCUACAACUAUGAUGAUGAUAGCGUUUAGUGCGACGUUGUUCCUUGUGUUUGUUGAUCAAAGGAACUGGAUGUUGGCUCCAAUAGGUGGACUAACUUGCCUGCCGAUUGCAGUUUUCGUGACUCUACAAUUCCCGCUUGUGGUAGACUUGUUCCGAUCAACAUAUUUCCCCAUCUUCGGUAAGCAAAGUUACAUAGAGCGUGGUAAAUUUAAUCCGAAUAACAUCCAAUAUUUUUUUGGUAAUCGGGGCAUCGAGUAUGUAUUGGAAUGA